AGCCGCCGUAUGGUUGACGAGUGAAGCUCGCGGAAACAGGGAUGAGAGGUGCGACUGUAGAUGUAGCGGACUAUCACUCCUCAAACACUAUCACUCCUGGGGCCUCUUAAAGUUGCGAGUAGUUGCGUUUCAAAGCGAAAGAGGAGCGUGUAGCUGGGAGACUUUUAACAGUUAAUGUGAAGGAAACAACUUGUACUCAACAGGCAGUGCGUGUUUAUAUUUUCUUUUAUUAGUAACAUGAAAAGAACACGACGAAUUGUGGUCUAGGCAAAUAGUAAACAAAUUUAGGACGAUGAUGCAUUAUCGUGUUUGUUUGGCGCUCUCGAUUUGACCAUUUGUGGAAUAUUCAACAGUUAACUUUACGCAAUUGUCACCCAAUUAGGCUAUUUGUUUAUAUAUAUUGCUAACGCGUUAUAAUGGCAGAACAUGAAAGUUUGGAAUACGGAAAGGCGGACUUUGUGCUGCUGGACAAUGUGUCUUUGGAGGAGUUUAUGGCCAACCUCAAGCUCAGGUUUGAAAAGGGUCGUAUCUACAGCUACAUUGGAGAAGUGGUGGUGUCGGUUAACCCUUACCGCGCCAUGAACAUUUACGGGCGGGACACCAUCGAGCAGUACAAAGGCCGAGAGUUGUAUGAACGACCGCCACAUCUAUUUGCCAUUGCUGAUGCUGCAUACAAAGCCAUGAAGAGAAGGAACAAAGACACGUGCAUUGUUAUCUCAGGGGAGAGUGGAGCUGGAAAAACGGAGGCUAGUAAAUACAUUAUGCAAUAUAUCGCUGCUAUCACCAAUCCCAGCCAAAGAGCAGAGGUGGAGAGGGUGAAAAACAUGCUGCUGAAAUCCAACUGUGUCCUGGAGGCUUUCGGGAAUGCCAAGACCAACCGCAAUGAUAACUCCAGCCGGUUUGGCAAGUACAUGGAUAUCAACUUUGAUUUUAAGGGAGACCCCAUUGGCGGCCAUAUCAGCAACUACCUGCUUGAGAAGUCUCGAGUCAUCUUUCAGCAGGAAGGAGAGAGAAGUUUCCACUCUUUCUACCAGCUGGUCAAGGGAGCACCGGAUGCUCAGCUGCGGUCCCUUCAUAUUCAGAGAGAUCCCACAGCAUACAACUACAUUAAAGUUGGAGGCCAGAUUAAGUCCUCUAUAAAUGACAGUGCUGAUUUUAAAACUGUCACUGAUGCCAUGAAGGUGAUUGGCUUCACUGCAGAGGAGAUUCUGACGGUCUACAAGAUCCUGGCUACCAUCUUGCAUUUGGGGAAUCUAAAGUUUGGAAGUGAUGGAGAUGUGACUCUCAUUGAGAACUCUAAGCUAGUAUCGGUGCUGGGGGAUUUGCUGUCUACCAAAGAGGAGAAUGUAGAGAAGGCCCUACUCUAUCGCACUGUGGCCACUGGCCGCGACAUCAUUGACAAACAGCACACUGAUAAAGAGGCCAGUUAUGGCCGUGAUGCCUUGGCCAAGGCCAUUUAUGAGCGUCUUUUCUGUUGGAUUGUGGGAAGAAUCAAUGACAUAAUUGAGGUGAAAAACUAUGAUGCAAGGGUCCAUGGGAAGAACACAGUGAUUGGAGUCCUGGACAUUUAUGGCUUUGAAAUCUUUCAGAACAACAGUUUUGAGCAGUUCUGUAUAAACUACUGCAAUGAGAAACUGCAGCAGCUCUUUAUUCAGCUGGUGUUGAAACAGGAACAGGAGGAAUAUCAGCGAGAGGGGAUUCCCUGGAAACAUAUUGACUACUUUAACAAUCAGAUCAUAGUGGAUCUGGUGGAACAGCAGCAUAAGGGCAUUUUUGCAGUCCUGGAUGAGGCAUGUAUGAAUGUGGGGAAAGUGACGGAUGAAAUGUUUCUGCAGGCACUCAACGGCAAGCUGGCGAAGCACGCUCACUACACCAGCCGCAAGCUUUCCCCCACUGAUAAAAAUCUGGAGUUUGACCGAGACUUCCGCAUUCGCCAUUAUGCAGGAGACGUGGUUUACUCUGUUGUGGGCUUCAUUGACAAGAACAAGGACACCUUGUUUCAGGAUUUCAAGAGGCUACUUUACAACAGCUCAAAUCCUGUGCUGAAGGCCAUGUGGCCAGAGGGCAAGCUGAGUAUCACAGAGGUCACCAAGCGACCCCUGACUGCUGCCACACUUUUCAAAAAUUCCAUGAUCUCUCUGGUGGAGAACUUGGCCUGCAAGGAGCCAUAUUAUGUCCGUUGCAUAAAGCCAAAUGACGUGAAGUCUCCGCUGCUGUUUGAACAUGAGCGCUGUAAGCACCAAGUGGAGUACCUGGGCCUCCUGGAGAACGUCCGGGUGCGACGAGCUGGCUUUGCUAACCGACAGACCUAUCCACGAUUCCUUCAGAGAUAUAAGAUGAUCUCAGAGUUUACCUGGCCCAACCACGACCUGCCGUCGGAUAAGGAGGCAGUGAAACGUCUGCUGCAGGGUUGUGGGUUCGAACACGAUGUGGCCUACGGCAAAACCAAAGUGUUCAUACGCACUCCUCGAACCAUCUUCAGCCUGGAGGAGCAGAGGGCAGAGAUGGUGAAGAGGAUCGUCCUCUUUCUGCAGAAGGUGUGGCGUGGGACAUUGGCUAGAAUGCGAUACCGCCGCAUGCGUGCUGCCGUCAUCAUCAUCCGGGCAUACAGACGAUACAAGGUGAAAUCGUACAUCUGUGAGGUCAACUCCCGCUUCAGAAAUGUCCGUGCUAUGAAGGAUCAUGGCAAACAUGUGAAAUGGCCCACGCCGCCCAAGGUCUUGCGCAAGUUUGAAGAGGCACUAAGGAUCAUCUAUAACAGAUGGUGGGCCUGGACACUCAUUAAAGACCUGUCUCCAGAGGAAACGCUGCAGAUCAGGGCUAAAGUUGCCACAUUAGAGUGUCUGAAGGGGCAGAGAGCAGAUCUUGGACUGCAGAGAGUCUGGGAGGGCAACUACCUGAAAAGGGACAGUCCUGGGACAGCAUCUUCCUUUACUCUGGUGUCUAGUGAACUGCAGAGGAAAGACAAGUUUAUGAGGGUCCUCUUCUCCUGCAAUGUCCGCAAAAUCAAUCGCUUCAAUAAAGCAGAGGACCGAGCAUUGCUCAUCACUGAUCGUCAUCUUUACAAAAUGGACCCAGUCAAGCAGUACAAGCCCAUGAAGACUACCCCACUCUAUAAUGUGACCGGAGUGAGCGUGUCCCCUGGGAAAGACCAGCUGGUUGUCUUCCACACCAAAGACAACCGGGACCUAAUCGUGUGCUUGCAGGGUAUGGUGCCAGCGGGGGACAGUCGCAUCGGAGAGCUGGUGGGGACCCUGCUCAGCCACUUCAAAAGUGAGAAGAGGAAGCUACAGGUGAAUAUCGUCAGCCCCAUUCAAUGCAGUAUGAAUGGGAGGAAGUGCACUGUCAUCGUGGAAACCAAGAUCAACCAGUCACAACCAGACUUCACCAAGAGCAGAUCAGGAUACAUUCUCUCAGUGCCAGGCAACUAGAGGACCAGGGGUCCAAACAGCCCCUCUUGACUGACAUUAACCACAGGAUAUCGCCUGCUUUAUACUAUUUAUAACUUUUGAGUAAAACCUCAUAUAAGUGAAGCCAUACCAAAUUUGCCUGGAGACAGGCAAGGAAGAAUCUUUUAUUUUUCUGGGAGUGAUCAAAUAGAAAACUUUGUCCCUAAAUUCCAAACUUCGGCUCAGAUUAUAUACAAGUUGACAAAGAGGAGGUAACGAGAUACAGUACAUCCUCAAAGAAGAUUUACCAGGCCCUGCGCCAUGUAUUUAUAGAAUAUUACAACCAAAUGAAGGGUAAUCGUAAAUGUAAUAUUUAUGGGGAACAGGAUACACAAGGGCUUUAAAAAUAUCUAACUCAUGUUUUGAAAUACUGAAGUCUUUUUCUUCAAAGGGAAUAUGUUGGUUUUUGAUCAGUGGUUUCUGUGGGAUAAAGAAUAGCUUUGCCUCGAUGUUUCACACAGAUCAUAAGCAGUUUUUGAGUUACUGCUGAAUUUUGUUUAUCAAGGCCUGUUGAGAGGGAUAUGUUGAUCAUAUCUUUAAACUCAUUAACUGCUCGGAGAGUAGCGUUAAACUCUCUUUUAAUUUAAACUGAUAUUUUCUGCAUAUUUCUGGUAAUCUAAAGCACAGGCAAAUAUUGUACAUAGAAACUGUCAUAUUGAAUAUUGCAUAGCAGCUUAAUAUACUGUAUGCAAUAUAUAUAUAUAUAUAUAUAUAUAUAUAUAUAUAACGUAGGUAGGAGAGAAUUGUCAUUUAUUCACAUAUUUCUUUAUCUUGGAGUAGAAUCAGAGGCAGCACAGGGGAGGUGGUGAUUGCGUCAGGCCAUAUUAUUUUCUAUUGCCAUUUUAAUUGGCCUUGUCGCCAAUUGUGGUCCCAUGAGAAAAGGAUAAUUUCAGUAGUUUCUUUCUUCUGUAACUGAAUUCAAAAUAGCACAAAGGCAGUCUCUAUCAUUUAUAUGAGCCAAAAAGGACAAAAAAUAUUUUUUGUCACAAAAAAAAAAAAAAACAGAAGAAAAUGAAAAAUCCUCCAACCACAAGUGAUAAUAUUUCAAGAAUGGGCAACCAGCUGUUCUGUUAUGGUGCUUUUUCACUUUCAUUAUUUUCAUAAUUUUUUAAUGCGUUCAAAAUAGCAAGCUGUAAUAUUUGUGAAUUUUGCAUAUCUGCAUGGGCCCCAAAAUUUUGACACUUAGACACUUAAGUCCUUCAUACAAAUGUAUGAGUGCCAUUGCAUUAGAUAACAGAAUGUCAAAGCAAAUGCCAUUUAUUUUAAAGCAAGAUAGCACAAGCACAAUUUUCAAGCAAAACAUUUUUUUUAACAAGUUUUUUUUUUAGGUUUGAAAUACAAAAACCAUAGAUCUGGUCUUUAAAAUGAAGACCAAAAAUAUAUGGAAACUCUCUGGUUGUCAAACUUCAGUGGAACAUGUCCAAUGUGAUGAACUACUACUGUGGUUACUCUGCUAGGACACCUGUAUGACCCUGAGUAAAGCUGACUUCAUACAUCCAAUAAAAAUCACCUUGGUACCAGUCUGGUAAAAGUAAUUGCAAAUAUGGCUCAGUAAUGAAGUCAGUUCUGAGAAAUUCUAUGGUAUCAUUUGUUUGCAGAUUCCACUUCUUCUGAUAUUUUGUAUCUAAUGCCAUUACAUUCAUACAGUUUAAAAUGUAGCUUAAGUGCCCAAAUACUUUUUAAAGUCACUGUAUGUGUGAAAUAAAGAAAGAGAAGUAUUGAUUCAUAUUAACAAUAUCAAUGCCUGCCCUAGUUUAAAGCUUCCGGUACUGACAGAAAAAGUGCCAAUUUGAUCAUUUCUAAGCAGGUGGUUUCAUAAAUCUCUAUUUUGAUGAGUGUUUCUCUGUAAAGUCUGUGGCUGUUAGCAAAAGAAGUAUGAUCAUUUUUAUCAGUUAAUUAGGAUUGUUCCUUGUGGCCAAAAAUAUCACUAAGCUCCCAUCUGCAGCAUCUGUCCUGACUGUGAAGUACCACGGCGUGUGAUAUGAUUUAAAUGUGGAAUAAUGGAUCAGAUAGCAAGCUGUGGCCUACAACUAGUGAUCCAGGCCAGUCAGACUAUCACUUUUACCAAGUGAUCAGCAAUGCUUGCAAUCAGAACAGUUGAUGUGGUUUUAAAAUAGCCUCUGGUUAAAUGGAAACGCUUAUGCAGGCCUGAUUUCUAUCACAAUUUUGCACAAGCAUACAUUUGUGUUCCUGCUCAGUAUUUUUGUCUUGUUUUGCAGUAGUCCAAAUAUCUAACUAUUCUUAAAAUGAGAUCAAACUAAAGUUAUAUUUCUUACCCCAUUUGCAAAUAGCUUUUUCGGUAACAAAUUACAUUAAGGUUUCAUUUGUUAACAUUAGUUAACAGCGUUAGUUAACAUGAACUAACAAUGAUCAAUACAUAUUGAGCAUUUAUUAAUUUUAGCUAAUGUAAAUUUCAACUACUAAAUAUUUUAGUUAAUGCACUAUGAACUAUCAAUGAACAAUUGUAUUUUUAUUAACUAACAUUAACAUAGAUUAAUAAUGUAACAGAUAUAUUGUUAAUUGUUUGUUCAUGAUACCUAAUGCAUUUACUAAUGUUAACAAAUGGAGCCAUAUUGUAAAGUUCUACUGCUUUUUCUCUUUUUAAGUCUUUGCAAAUAUAGUGAGGUAUAUGCUUAAAACAAGAAAAAAAAAUUUUAAGAAAAAUUGACCAUGUCCUCUCCUUCCAAUACAUUUACAUAGGAAGUAAUAAUUGUGUCCAAUUACAAAGCCAAUGCUAGCCUCUCCUCUUCCCCAUCUUGCUUCUCUCUCUCUCUUUUUCUCUCAUUAAUCUCUCUCAUCCUCUUCCUCUCUGUCCCAGAAUGCUCCCUCUUGACUAUUAGCCUGGAUCAGUAAAGUGUGUCAGCAGAAACACACAGUACCCCAAGUGCUGCUUGGAAGUAAAAGUCAGACUCUCUACCACCUUUUUCUCUCCAGCUCUGGCCCAAAGACAACAGAUACCCAAGUUACAGAUUCCUCACUAUUCAGGAAUUGCUCACGGAUCUCUUAGAACUCUCUGCCAGGAAGGUGAAGUUCUAAACAAGAAAAUGCACUUUUAUUUACAGUUAUAACAGGCUGUUUUUCUUGAAUCUAACACUAUAUCUCUGAUUGCCAGUGGUUAGGCAUACCUGAUAUUUGUUUUGUCUCUCAAUAGAGGCAUAUUGACAAUAUGGGAAUGCUCUAUGGUAUGUUGAAAAUAGGGCUUAAAUGAUUGUUCGUGUAUAAAAUCCUAUUUUAAACCUCUUUCUGUGGGCAGUGCCGUUUGUUUUGCCAGUGAUAGUUAUCUUAUAUAAUCUUCUUUUUGUUCUUGUAUUGAACCCCACUGAUGCAAUUUAAGUGCCGAAUAAUUUAAUUCCUAGAAAAAUUUGUUUUAUGUUGUUUGUUCAAAUUUGUGUAAUUAUACCUGUUCAUCGUGGUUAAUAUUAGAAUUCUGGAGAUUUAACCUGAACAGUCCAUGUGCCUACUGUUAUACUUCUAUUUAAGUAAUAUAUUAAUUUUAAAACAUGCUACCCAUGCUUGGACCAAAUAAAAAAGGGAAUCCUGUUUAUACAGCGUGUUUGUUGAAAACAGCUUUUUUGUAUGUGUGUUAAUGCAAUAAUCUGUAACUUUUGUAUUUGUUCAGUAAUAUUCAGAUAUCAAAAUGUUCUCAUUUCACAGUAACAUUGUACUACAUUGAAAACUUACUUAUUACUGAGUUACUAUUUUGUUAAUUAUAUAAAAGAUGUACCAGAUAUCUACUGAAAUAAACAUGCCCUUGAAGUGUC